AUGGGCGACGUAUCCCGCACCAACACCACCACCACCACCACCACCACCAUCGUCAAGAGCGGCAGCAACCGCAACGACAACACCAGAAGCCUCAUCACCCGCAGCAGCACCAGAUGCUCCCCCACCGCCGCCGCCCGCGACAUCAGCGAGGCCCGCAUCAUCUCCCUCACGCGCAGCUACGGCCUGGACGUCGACGAGGUGGAGCGAGCCCACCUGGCGAGCCUGCCGAACGACCGCGCGAGGAAGGUGCGGUGCCGGACGCUGUUGAUGGGUGAGAGGAGCGACCGCUGCGGCUUGGCGAGGGCGUCGACGUUCGUGGCGCCGGGGUUGGCGAUGGAUGAGGAAGAGGAGGAGAGGAGGGAGGACAAGGGGAAGGAGAACGCCUGCGGUGGAUACGUCGGGUAUGGAUACGUCGGCGGCAGUGCUGCUGCUGCUGCUGCUGCACGCGCCGACGCUGGCGUGGGAAGGAACAACCUGGUCUCGCCCGACUACUUCGAAGACCUGGACCUGGGCCCGAGCAACACCAGCGGCGGUGACCCGUACGACCCGUUCGGCCUCCUCCCCAAGUCGCCGACCCCCCGCCGCAGACCCUGGACCUGGCCGAGCCUCCGCUCCAUCAAAAGGAGCAUCACCACCUCCUCCUCAUUCUCCUCCUCCUCCACCUCCACCACCACCACCCUCCCCCUCUACACCGUCCGCUCCCUCCCCGUGGACCCCCCCUCCCCCUUCACCACCUCCAUCCCGCCUGCGCGCCGCGGCGUCGACAACCGCGGCGGCAGCAGCAGCCUCGCCCACGGCCUGAGCGACCCGCGCACGCCCUACGCCACCACCCCCGCCUCCUCCUCCGCCUCCACGCUGUCGUCGUACCGGACGGCAACAACAACAACAGUCGUCCCGCCGCCGCCGCCGUCGGAGGCGUCGGCAUCGGUAUCGUUUUUGUCGGAGGACUUGGCUCGCGUCCUCACGCCGGCGUCGACGACGACGACGACGACGACCACGAUGCCCAGGAACGGAGAGGCGUGCGAGAGGCAGGGGGGAGAGGGAGAAGGCAGCGACGAGGAGGAGGAGGAGAGGAUGAGGAGGAUGAAUAUGAGGAGGAGGAGGAACAGGCGGAUCGCGUUGGCGCUGGCGGUGUUGUUGGUGGUGUUGGUUGUGAUUGGGUUUGGUCUUUGGGUGGAGGAGAUGGUGAGGUGGGCAGGGGGUGGGGAUAAGGAGGGGGAGGAGGUGUGA